UGACCUACCCAUGAUUCCUUGUAACUGACAACAUGGCGGCUCAGGAAGAAGGAGAUACAGAAAUGAUGGCAGAGCCUCCAGCAAAACCAGAACCCGAGGCGCCCGUCACACAAGUGGAAACAAACUCACAAACAGACUCGCAAACCAAGCAAACUCCAGAUGCCGUGGACGGGUCCCCUCGGCCACAGAGUCAAGAGGAGACGACGACGUUACCGGAGGUUUUAAGUGAACCCAAAGAAACCAUAGACUUCAAGGUUAUGUGGAAUAAGAAAAAAUAUGACAUUACCUUUCCGUUAGACGACACAGUAGAGAUGCUGAAGAAACAUAUUCAGGGUCUAACAGGGAUUCCCCCAGCUAUGCAAAAAUUAAUGUACAAAGGGUUAGCACAAGAUCAGAAAACAUUGAGAGAGUUGAAGGUAACAAAAGGGGCAAAGAUGAUGGUGGUGGGCUCGACGCUAGACGAUGUGGUUGCAGCUACGACAGUGGACAAGGAGGCUAUCAAAGAAGAGGAAAAGAAAGAAAAGUCACAGAAAGAGUCAUUCUCAAGCCAAAAGCUCCACAAGAAAAUUCUUGACAAAGGAAAGCCAGAUGAUGUUAUGCCCGGACACAAAGGGAAAGAGAAACUCCCCACAGUUCCACUGUCAGGGAUGCUGAACAAGUCGGGGGGAAAAGUCCGACUGACCUUUAAACUGGAACUAGACCAACUCUGGAUAGGUACAAAAGACAGGACAGACAAACUACCACUGGGCUCUAUCAAGGCAGUUGUCAGUGAGAAAAUAGAUGGGCAAGAAGAGUACAGCAUUAUGGGAUUACAACUAGGUCCUACUGAAGCAUCCAGGUACUGGGUGUACUGGGUACCCUCUCAGUAUGUGGAAGCCAUCAAAGAUGCCAUCCUGGGAAAGUGGCAAUACUUCUGACGUCCACGAACCCUACAACCGACCCAAGAAAACACAUGGUAGACACUCUACCUUUCUUUCCAAACAGGCUAUGUACAAUGUUGGAAGAUGGACUUGAAAGGGGACUAGGAUGAUACGAGUAUUGGACGUUGUGUCUUCUGCGUGUCUAACAAAAAAGUCUCUGGCUUUUAAAUGGAAGGUCUAUACAAGGAGGUUAUAACCUCCUUGGUCUAUAGAACAAGGCAGUUUUGUUAUAUGAACUAUGUUAAAGCCUGGCUAGAAACACACAAUUUGAAGAACAAUGUGCCAUGUAUAGUCAGAAAUAGACGUCAAAUUCUAACAUACUUGCUGUACAUAGAAAUAGCAUGUCAGUCUGGUGUAGUGUGGCUAUCUCGUUAGGGACUUAUGCACAACAAAUGUAUUAGAAGAAUUCUCUUACUGAGAGUUUGGUCAGUGGACACAAUGUGUCACUUUGUGUUUGUGUAAACGAUGAGAACUAAGUUUACUCUUAAGAGAUUGCUUCUUAUAUUCAGGCUUCACCACAAAACGUUGAAACAGUGUUCGCAACAUUUCGCAAGAUCUCAGGAUGCUAGCAUUAGGGACUUUAUUAUAAACAGGCUGGUAUUUUUCAUUGUUGUGUACAGCAUUACGUUUUCCAAUGGGUUACUACUGAAACAUUAUGUAAUUAAGGAUAGAAAUAUGGGAAAUGUGUAGAAAAUCGUUAGAUCCUUCAUCCAAUGUGUAAUGAUGAUGCAUUUAGGUAGAUACUGUAUUAGUUAAUGUGCAAGUAAGUCAUUCUCCUACACCGAGUCAAACCCAUGUCCCUCCAUGUUUUUUACUCUGCUUUCCUGCCCUGCACUUUUCACUAUUUAAAGGUGUGACCACUAACUGGCUUUCAGCCAAUCAGAGUUAACUUUUGUGUUGUCCAAUGGGAGAGCUUGUGCCAAAUGAGGCAAACGUUUAAAUACUAAAUUUUCCAAAAUGCUUGCCAGCCAAUUGGCAGUCACUGGGUGAUGAUUGAUUAAUGCAAGCUACUAGUAAUUAAUAUUUAUAAGCAGAGUGGGCCAAUAGUGACAAGGCAUGGCAGGAAAGCAGAGUACUAAUUAAGUGGAGUUCUGGCCUGAGAGUUCCACCCUGCUUAGGAGAAAUAAGUAAAUAAGGAUGCUGUUGUGUGCUAAUUUAAAAGUUUGUGCACAAUAAUUUUUGUAAAAAAAUCUUUGUGAUCUCUUAUGUUCAAUACAAUUGCCUUUGGCAUGGGUUUUGUACGAGAAAAAACAUCAAAUUUUCCUCUUAAUGUUGUCAUCAGGUUAUAUGACAAACUUAAAGCAAAGAUCAUUCCUUUUAUCUCUUGCAUUUAUUUGCUCUUCCAUGACUGAAUGUUUUUGUCCAUGAAAAUAAAACCUGAUCAGAGUUCA